CAUUGACUUGACAGGUCGCAAUCUGGCCAAUCGCAAACAAGUUUGCAAAGCGCAAGUCUUUUUUCCUUGUUUGUUGAAUUUGACAAGAUGAAGAUCGGACUUUGCGCCUACAGUGGAUACAAAAUUCAUCCUGGCCAUGGCAAAACUAUGGUCAAAGUUGAUGGAAAAACCUUCACAUUCUUGAAUUCAAAAUGCGAAAGGGCCCACUUAAUGAGGAGGAAUCCUCGUAAAGUUACGUGGACCGUACUUUACAGACGUAAACACAAGAAGGGCCAGGAAGAAGAAGCCACCAAAAAGCGUUCGCGUAGGACACAAAAGUUCCAAAGAGCCAUUGUUGGUGCCUCAAUAAAUGAAAUUAAUGCAAAGAAAAAUCAGAGACCCGAAGUAAGAGAGGCUCAAAGAGAACAAGCUAUCCGUGCUGCUAAAGAAGCCAAGAAAUCACAGAAAGCAGCCAAGAAAGCUACUGCUCCGGCUAAACCUAAGAGCGCACCUAAACAGAAAGUGGCUAAAGUUAUUCAAAAAGCAGCUCCCAGAGUUGGAGGAAAACAUCAAAUCAUGAAUAAUACACCAACACUUUUUCGUAAUCUGUUUUUAAGAUAUUUUAAGCAUUGUUUUACCACUAAUGCAUUUUGUAAUGAAAGAUAUUCCUUAACUUCUUGUGUACCAAAAAAAACCCUAAGUUCAACAUUUAUCAGACUUUAUGAUAAGAAAGAGGCUGGUGAACCCGCACCAAAAACUAGAAGGCAGAAAGCUACAAAAGAAGCAGAGAUUGAACCCAAAAAAAGCACCAAGGCAUCUAAAAAAGUUGCAGCAGAUUCAGAAAAACCAGCUAAAAAGGAAAAAGAUACCAAAAAAGAAACCUCAGCCUCUGCCACAGCUAAAAAAAGCACAGAGACUAAACAAAACCAAUCUUCGACCAACUGGGAGGAUACAGAUUUUGGCAAUUUGAAAAAGAACAAAAAAGGUAAAACCCACUCCCUGAAAAUCACUUCUUGGAAUGUGGACGGGAUUAGAGCGUGGCUAAAGAAAGGUGGACUGGAUAUAAUUGAGCACGACAAGCCGGAUAUAUUUUGUCUCCAGGAAACUAAAUGCAGCGAUGCCAAGUUACCUGAAGAAGUAAAAACUGUUGAAGGGUACCAUAAGUAUUGGUGCAGCAGUGAAAAAGAAGGAUAUGCAGGGGUAAGUGUUUACAGUAAACAAGAACCUUUAUCUGUUAAAAAUGGAUUAGGAGAUAAAGAGCAUGAUAAUGAGGGCAGAUGUAUUACUCUGGAAUAUGACAAGUUCUAUUUGGUGAAUGUCUAUGUUCCAAAUGCCGGUCGUGGAUUGGUGACAUUACCAAAACGUCUAAAAUUUAAUGAAUCCUUUAAAAAAUUCAUUAAAAAGUUGGACAAGAAAAAACCGGUUAUAGUUUGUGGUGAUAUGAAUGUGGCUCAUAAUGAGAUUGACUUGAAAAAUCCAAAAAGCAAUAAGAAAAAUGCUGGAUUUACACAAGAAGAACGUGAUGGUAUGACAGAUUUCUUAGGUGAUGGAUACAUAGACACCUUAAGAGAAUUCUAUCCAGAUGUAAAAGAUCUGUAUACUUUUUGGUCUUAUAUGAGCAGUGCCAGAUCCAAGAAUGUUGGAUGGAGACUGGAUUAUUUUAUCUGUUCACAAAGAAUCAAAGAUAAUAUUUGUGACAGCGUAAUCCGUGACAAAGUAUUUGGAUCUGAUCACUGCCCAAUUUCCUUGUUUUUGAACUUAUAAUAAAUAAAAAUAAUAAUAAAUAAUCUCAAGCUUCUGUAUUUGCUUUUUACUUAAUAUUUAUUUUAUUUGUUUUACUUAUUAGUAUUAUUCGCUUUCUGAACCGUUACCAUAUAUUUUAAGAAAAUAUACAUUUUUAUAUUAUUUUCUGAAUGAAUUAAAACUGCUUUUUUUAGUUAUUACUUUUAAUGUUUUGUAUUUAUUUUGAGCUCAUCUUAAUUUGAAAUGUUAACCAUUGUUUUAUUACUAAUUAUUAUUAUGUAUUAGUGUUAGUUAUAAAUUGUGUAAGUUCAA